GUCUCGGAUUCAGCACUUGUAUUUACCCUUCCUCUUUCAUUUCGAAAAUUGCCUUUGACCAGACUACCUAAUAAAAUAGACGUCACCGGCUCCUUGACAUCCCAGUUCGCUAUCCUAGCAAUCUACGACAUCUUCGGCAACUCCCCCCAAACCACCCAGGGCGCCGACAUGCUCGCAAAACGCCUCAACGCCCUUGUGCUGAUCCCUGAUUUCUUCCGCGGCGAUGGAGCGAAGCAUGAGUGGGUUCCGCCCGACACUGAUGAGAAGACCGCUGCGCUUAUGGAGUUCGUGACCACUAAGGCGUCUUUCGUCGAGGUUGCAAAGAGCCUCCCCAGCUUGGUCGACACUUACAAGGGCAAUUUCCCGUCCGUGCAGAAAUGGGGCGCUUAUGGACUUUGUUGGGGGGGUAAAGUGCUGGCGCUAUCGUCCGGGGACGGGACACCCUUUACGGCGACGGUGCAAGUUCAUCCUGGUCGGAUGGAUAAGGCUGAUGCACAGACGCUGACGAUCCCGCAUGCUAUUCUGGCGUCGAAGGAUGAGCCUGCGGAUGAGGUCGCGGCGUAUAAGCGGAUUAUCGAGGAUAAGGGUCUUGGAGGCUUUGUUGAGACGUAUGGCGAGAUGUGGCAUGGAUGGAUGGGAGCUAGAGCGGACUUUGAAAAGGAAGAGAGUCUGAAGAACUAUGUUCGUGGGUACGAGCAGCUUGCGGAGUUCUUUGAGCGGUAUCUUUCAUAA